AUGUCUCCAACCAAUUCCAAGAGGAAAGCGACACCCGAAAACCAAAGCAUCAAAGUAGUCAUUCCAUCCCGGCCUGACUUGGACAGAUUCAAACCUGCCAACGGGAAGAUCUUCGAUACCUUCAAGACUGAUCCCUCCGAUCAAAAACUUGAGGAGCCUGUCAAGUCAAAAACGACUAGUAAGAAGAAAGAUCCAGAACUCCCAGAAUCAUCCUCAUCAAAGAAAAUUAAAUCAAAUCACUCUUCACCGAUCCAGGCAGUCGAAAGAAAGCCGAAAAAAGCUCACUUAUCAAAAUCAUCUAAAUCCGCGAAAACCUCCAAGCCCGCAGCCGUCAAGAAGAAAAGACCAUCCAAGAACGAAUCCCCGGAUCCAGAUGAAGACUCAGAUAUAGGUGAUAUUGUACUCUCAGAUUAUGAAGAGCCGGAGACCAAGUUGAGGGAGCGAGAACCGGUUGAGAGAAAACGAUUCGCUAAAUUAAGGAAGUUACGAAAGCAAUUAAAGAAGAAGAAAUCGAUUAACAAGGAGGUAAAUUCGAAGAGGAUCGUGCCGGAUUCGGACGUCGAGGUCGAAGGGGCCCCGUCGAAAAGCGCGACAAAACCUGAAAAGUCGCAUGAUGACGAUGAUGAUGAUGAUGAUAGCGAAGAGGAGAGUGAGAGUGGGAGUAGUAGCGAGGAUGGCUCAAGUGAAACGGAUGAGGCAGAGCGCGAAAGAAAGCAGGAAGAGUUCAUCGUCGAUGAUUUGGCUACUGUUGCCCAAAAGAACCGAGCCCAAAGACGAAUCGAUACCUACAUGCCGGUGAUGUUCAGAAGCGGCAAGCUAGAUAAUCGCACUCAUUUCAUGGUCGUCUGUGAAUACCUCAUCCACCAUAUUAUACUUCCUCAAAUCGAUUGGAGGCAAUGUAGAGAGGAUUAUGACCAAAGCUGCAAACAUUUGGAAACUUAUUUCCAUUCAUACGGCGUGCAACCCUUGGAGUCAUCGGGCUGGACCCUCAAAUUUAGAACUCAACUGAUGAGCCGACCUUACAUCUAUGAACAGUACAACCAUCAAGGCGGCAAAGGAUGUGGGGCUUGUCGCAACCGAACCAAAUUCAGUAGGAAGAUCCUCUUACUAGCCGGUAUACCGUACAACCCAUACAAUUUGAAUCCAAUCAAGCCGAAAAGAUCAUCUGAGUCCGGUUCCGAGACUGGCAAUGAAGAUGAAGAUGAAGAAGAUGAUGAUGAGUGGGACUCGGAGAUAGAAGAAGAUGAAGGCAAACAGCACAAAUUCAAAUUAGAUCCAGAUCUGAUGCAUAUCACGAAGAAAAGUGCCAGAUUGAUUUCUGGGGAAGAUUGCGCGAAACGGGCUAUGGAGUAUCAUUUCUUCAAACAUUGGAAGAUGCAUCUGCUCAAGAAGCUCAAGAAGCUCAUCAAACCUUUACGAGAGCAGACCCCGGCUCUCAAGAAAAACUAUCGAUACUCCGAUCCCAAGCCGAGUCCGGACCGAUUACGAUUGAUGAAACGCGAGAUUCGAGGGCUUUGUCAAUCCGUCGAAGCUGAUAAAACUCUUUCAAACUUAGACAACUUGUAUAACCACUUCAUCAGCCGGUUAAAUAAAAUCAGACAGACUUACGUUAACGCUGGAUAG